AUGUCGUGUUUGAAAAUGCUGCUGCACGUUUGGUACCGCGUGCUCAACUGUCACGAGCUCCUGCAGCCGAUGAGGGAGAAGGUCAAGGACCUGGACAGUGUGGCGCUGGUCAUCGUGUUUCUGACCAACAUGUUGGAUAACCUUCUGCUGACGUCAGUCGUGCCUAUAAUCCCGGCGUUUCUGAUUCGUCUUGACAAAGAAGAGUUCUACACCCACAACAACUUGACCUCGACAAGGUUUCUACCAAACCAGAACAGCAGCGACCCCUACAUAAACCUAAACACGACCCUGCUAGGCCCGGCCAUGGCCAACGACUCGUCUGGCCAUCCACGAUUCUCCUUGACCUCGAUGGCCUACAGUGAGAACGCCAGAGUGGGGUGGCUGUUGGCCUCCAAGGCCAUCGUUCAACUCUUCGCCAAUCCGGUCGGCUAUCCUAUCCUACUGUUUGGUGGAUCUAUUGUGUUAUUUAUAUCUUCCUUAGUGUUUGCUUUUGCGGAGAGUUACAUCCCCUUGCUGGUUGCAAGAUCUCUUCAAGGCCUGGGAUCUGCUGCUACUGUUAUUGCAGGUAUGAGUAUCGUAGCUCGACGAUAUCAAGACGACAAAAGCCGGAGCAGAUCUAUGGGCAUUGCCAUGGGAGGUGGAGCCUUCGGUGUUCUGAGAAAAGAUGAACCGUACUUCCCCCGCCCCAUAGACUAUCUCGUCUUACAGGGCACUUUAAUUUUUACUCAAGCAGAAAUCACUCCCCUUCAUGUUUUGUUGAGGGAUCGUUACAUCAUCAUAGCUACAGGUGUGGUGAUGCUGACCACUAUGUCCAUGUCAGUUCUAGAACCGACCGUACCGCUCUGGGCCAUGAGCACUAUGCACGUCAAGAACUGGGAACUGGGUCUGAUCUUUCUACCGGAUAGCAUCGGCUACUUCAUAGGGACGAACUGUUUCGGUGUGGUGGCCAGAAACAUUGGAAGAUGGUCAUGUUCAUUAGCCUGUAUGCUGCUCAUAGCGCUAUGCCAGUUCUGUCUUCCGUUCGCCACAGCAGUUCCGCAGUUAAUUCUACCUCAUUUUGGCCUCGGUCUAGGCCUGGGUAUAACUGACUCCGCCAUCAUGCCUCUCCUAGCCCUACUUGUUGAUGUACGUCACGAGGCGUUCUACGGGUGUGUCUACGCCAUCGCCCAGCUGGCUGUCUGCUUGGCCUACUCUGUGGAAGACAAAAUAGGUCUUUCAAAGGAACUUCCAAAGUUCAAAAGAGACCCAUUGUGUCAAUACAAUCAGCUGAUGCGGGGAAUGGCUAUCAUCAACAUCUUGUUCUCUCCCCUGUGCUACAUACUCAAGAGAGCUCCAACAGGCCACAGUGAGGAUGUGUCUCUGAGUAAAAGCUCAAGAAAAGACAAGCCGUACACACAGGAACCUGUAGAGGCUGACGAGGCGUGUUUCUCUUAUGGGAGACUCUUUGAUGACGAGGAUUGA